AUGGCAGAUCUAGCAGACACUGCACCAAAAAUAAAGCAUGUUUCCAAGAUUCCUGUAUGGAUACCAUAUGGAUCACGCCAGUUCAAAUUCUUUGCCAUCAAACUUACAUGGCCGGAGGCUGAGAGAACCUGUAAGCAGUCUGGUGCAUUUCUGGCUUCAGUGCAUGAUAAGAAUGAAGACAAUUUCAUUAAGAGCCUGAUUAAGCGUCACACUGGUCAAGAUCGUCCCACGUGGCUCGGAGGCAGUCAGAAUGUUCUCAAUCGCUGGGUUUGGUCUGAUGGAUCUGCUUUUAACUUCUCUCCCUGGACCAAAGGUGAACCGAAUGGCUCUGGACGCUGUCUGCAGACCAACUACAAUGGAGGCUGGGAUGAUCAUGUUUGCACUGUGAAACAAUCUUUUGUCUGUGCCAGACAGACCAGGAAAGGGUAA